GGGGCCCGCCUCUCCUCGGCCGGGGCGGAUGAAGUGAGGGGCUUGGACCGGGUGGCUCUGAGGGGCCCUCCUGGGCUUGACAGGCUUCGCUCAAGGCCGGGUGGCUAGCGACACAGAUCGGGCACAAAGCUGCUUUCCCGGGAGGCAGGUGUCGGGGGUCUCCAGAGGAAUACGGAGAAGAGGUCCAACAGCUCCCCCCAAGGGAGGCCUCACGGCCUGUCUGGAAGCGCGGGCGGCAGCCAGCGUCCCGGGGCUCACCCCGGCCCGUCCCUCCGCCGCGUACCGGGAAAGCGUUAGGUCCGUGAGCUCGCCGCCGCGCUCUUUGUUCCGUGGCCCAGGCUUCCCGGAUGGAGCACUUGCUCUAGAGCGGAGUGACCUCCUUGCCCAGGACCACGAAGCAGAAACCAAGCAGCAACAACCCUUGGAGAGAGACUAAAUUUUCUUCUACAGUGACAGAGAGCUUGUGAAAGUUGGUACUUCUGGCCCACGCUGCCAUCAUCCUACCACCCAGCCCAAGACGCCCCAGGCUGGACAUUAGUGCCUCCCUCUUUAUUUCUCUGUGAUCAUCCAGAUCAGCACCUGACUGUUUAUUUUCAAAUCUCACAAACCCAGCCCCCAGAUCUUCAUGUUCUGGUUCUGAGCUACUGUUGAAGGACAGUGACUUGUUAGCACCACAACAGCAGAUCCUGCCUUCCUCAGCUGAUCUCCAGUCAGCCCCUGAUAUCGCCACCCCCCUCCCAACCCUUGUCUCCUCUUUUGGCCUCCUAAAUGCCCAUCUCGUUGGCCUGGGUUCAACUGGUGGUAUGGAGGGGUGCUGCCUAGCACUGACCUAGGAGUGUGUGUUACCCACUGACCCAAUGGACAUCAAAGGCCAGUUCUGGAAUGAUGAUGAUUCGGAGGGAGACAAUGAAUCAGAGGAAUUUCUCUAUGGAGUUCAGGGAAGCUGUGCAGCUGACCUAUAUCGGCACCCACAGCUAGAUGCAGACAUUGAAGCUGUGAAGGAAAUCUACAGUGAGAACUCUGUGUCCAUCAGAGAAUAUGGAACUAUCGAUGACGUGGACAUUGACCUCCACAUCAACAUCAGCUUCCUGGAUGAGGAAGUUUCUACAGCUUGGAAGGUCCUCCGGACAGAACCUAUUGUGUUGAGGCUGCGGUUUUCUCUCUCCCAGUACCUUGAUGGACCGGAACCGUCAAUUGAGGUUUUCCAGCCAUCAAAUAAGGAAGGAUUUGGGCUGGGUCUUCAGUUGAAAAAAAUCCUGGGUAUGUUUACAUCCCAACAAUGGAAACAUCUCAGCAACGAUUUCUUAAAGACCCAGCAGGAGAAGAGGCACAGCUGGUUCAAGACAAGCGGUACCAUCAAGAAGUUCCGAGCUGGCCUCAGCAUCUUCUCACCCAUCCCCAAGUCUCCCAGUUUCCCUAUCAUACAGGACUCCAUGCUGAAAGGCAAACUGGGUGUACCAGACCUUCGAGUUGGACGCCUCAUGAACCGUUCCAUCUCCUGCACCAUGAAGAACCCCAAAGUGGAGGUGUUUGGCUACCCUCCCAGCCCCCAGGUCAGUGGUCACUGCAAGAACAUCCCCACUCUGGAAUAUGGAUUCCUUGUCCAGAUCAUGAAAUAUGCAGAGCAGAGAAUCCCAACAUUGAAUGAGUACUGUGUCGUAUGUGAUGAGCAGCAUGUCUUCCAGAAUGGGUCCAUGCUCAAGCCAGCCGUCUGUACUCGUGAGCUGUGCGUUUUCUCCUUCUACACGCUGGGAGUCAUGUCCGGAGCUGCAGAGGAGGUGGCCACUGGAGCGGAGGUGGUGGAUCUGCUCGUGGCCAUGUGUAGGGCAGCUUUGGAGUCCCCUAGAAAGAGCAUCAUCUUUGAGCCUUAUCCCUCUGUGGUGGACCCCACUGAUCCCAAGACUCUGGCCUUUAACCCUAAGAAGAAGAAUUAUGAGCGACUGCAGAAAGCUCUGGAUAGUGUGAUGUCCAUCCGGGAGAUGACCCAGGGCUCGUAUCUGGAAAUCAAGAAGCAGAUGGACAAGCUGGAUCCCCUGGCCCAUCCUCUUCUGCAGUGGAUCAUCUCUAGCAACAGGUCGCACAUUGUCAAACUACCUCUCAGCAGGCAGCUGAAGUUCAUGCACACCUCACACCAGUUCCUCCUGCUGAGCAGCCCUCCUGCCAAGGAGGCUCGGUUCCGGACCGCCAAGAAGCUCUAUGGCAGCACCUUUGCCUUCCAUGGGUCCCACAUUGAAAACUGGCAUUCAAUCCUGCGCAAUGGGCUGGUCAAUGCAUCCUACACCAAACUGCAGCUGCAUGGAGCAGCCUAUGGCAAAGGCAUCUACCUGAGCCCCAUCUCCAGUAUUUCCUUUGGAUACUCAGGAAUGGGAAAAGGACAGCAUAGGAUGCCCUCCAAAGAUGAGCUCGUCCAGAGAUACAACAGAAUGAAUACCAUCCCCCAGACCCGAUCCAUUCAGUCAAGGUUCCUGCAGAGUCGGAAUCUAAACUGUAUAGCACUUUGUGAAGUGAUUACAUCUAAGGACCUCCAGAAGCAUGGGAACAUCUGGGUGUGCCCUGUGUCCGACCAUGUCUGCACACGGUUCUUCUUUGUAUAUGAGGAUGGUCAGGUGGGCGAUGCCAACAUUAAUACUCAGGACCCCAAGAUACAGAAGGAAAUCAUGCGUGUGAUCGGAACUCAGGUUUACACAAACUGAGGGGGCCCCAGCCCUCGUACCACCCCUGUUCCCCCAGGAUCCAUCUGCCCUCAUAAAAGGGCUCAGGAGCAGCAGACAAGUCUGCCCUGAGGAAUCAAGGGGCCAUUACCGAGGGGCAGGAAAAAGAUAGGCGAGGCGGCCUUCAUGGUGGAGAUUGACCCAGGAACCACUCCACAUUUGGAUGGCCCAGACUGACUCCUUACCCCGAUUUUCCCAGUUGACUUCAC